CAUGCGUGUUUGUACGCAUGAGCGUAGUGGAGGGGCUCCUACUUUGCGAGAACUCCGGGGAACCACAAAGGGCAAGUAGAGAUAGUAGGAUAGUAGUAACUCAGUUUGGUCAAAUUAGAGGAAAAAGUAAUUGUCCUGUCAAGUUUCUAGGCUGCAAGCGCUGUGCCCGACUGGUUACUUUGUCUCUCCGAAGGGGUGUAAAGUUACAGGAGACUGCGUCAACUCCUCUCGUCUCCACUGCUCUACGCACGAAGUAGGAGUAGUCUGGGGAGCUGAGUUUUUCCAGUCCUGAAGAUCUGAGCCUGGUGGAACAUCAUCUGGAAUAAAGCAUGCCAGUAGGAUGGGAGCCGCUCUCUCCCAGUGCUGAAUGGACUCCCUGCCUCCCUAACUCUCUAGUGUGCAGGUUGCAUGGUAAGCCGGACUUGAUGCAUGGCCUGUGCAUGAGCCCCAUUGAGUGCUGCUGGUGUGGGGCCGAGCGCAACCUGCUGCUACUGCUGCUGUGACCAUGGCUCAGACCUUACACAUUAACUGCAAUGUCUCAGAAAAAGAUGAGGAGGAGAAGGCUCCGUACUACCUGGAGACCCCCUACGGCUUCCAGCUAGACCUGGACUUCCUCAAGUAUGUGGACGACAUUGAGCGGGGCAACACCAUCAAGAAGCUGAACAUCCAGCGGAAGCCCAAGUCGGCGCGGCCCUCCACCUCCUCGCAACACAGCAACAACAACAGCGUGAGCAGCAGCAGUGGCGGAGGCUGUGGCCUGGCGGAGUGGACCUCCACCGACUCCCUCUCCUCCUCCAACAGUGAUGAGAACCACAAGGUGUCCCAGUCGCCCGUGUUCCUCACUCCCGCCAUCCCGCCGCCCCCUCCUCCUCCCCAGCCACCACCGCCCCAGUUCUCCCACUCGCAACUAUUCCGACCCAGCCCGGCAAUCCCCCCUUCUUCCAACCCCCUCCAUGAGGCUCCCCAGAGCUACCUGAGUGUCCUGGAGACCAGGCAGCAGCAGCAGCAGCAUCUCUCCCCUCCCUCCCCCCGCAUCCCCCGGCACAACCUCCAGGUGGAGAAGACCCUGAUGGAGACUCGACGGCGCCUGGAGCAGGAAAGGCUCAUGGCCCAGCCGCCCGCCAGCGACCCCCCUCCCCGCCGCCGGCUGGCCAGCUUCGGUGGCAUGGGCUCCAACAGCUCGCUGGCCUCCUCCUCGUUCGGGGGCUCGGUGGGCGCCCCUCAGAUCUCGCCCAGCUCGCACCUCCUGGUGCACAACGGGCACCUCCCCAACGGCGACUAUGGCGGCAACCCGGCGUACUUCACCCCUUCCAUGGGCGGCUCCAUGCGCCACAGCCCCAUGAGCUCAGGCAUGACCACGCCCGUCACCAACGUGAGCCCGGCGCACCUGCAGCACAUCCGGGACCAGAUGGUGGUGGCGCUGAAGAGGCUGAAGGAGCUGGAGGAGCAGGUGAAGACCAUCCCCAUCUUGCAGGUCAAGAUCGCCGUGCUGCAGGAGGAGAAGAGGCAGAUGAACUCGCAGAUGAAGAACCUCGGCCCCGGAGGCUUCCGGAAGCGCUCGUUCAGCGUGGGCAGCGCCGACCAGUACGAGCCGCUGGCCCAGCUCAAGCAGGGCAGCUCUGAGCUGCACAUCGACGAGGGCCUGGAGGGCAUGGAGCAGAGCUCGCAGCGGCUGCAGGAGUUCCGGCAACUGACUGCCGAGAUGCAGGCUCUGGAGAAGAAGAUCCAGGAGCCGAGCUCGGCUCAGAAGCAGAGCCAGAACCAGAGGCCGCAGCCACAUCCACGCACCCAAACCCCAACCCAGAAGGACGAUGGGAGGAGAAGCGCAAGUCCUACGAAGCAGUCCAUCGCGGUGGGCACCGAUGAGAACAUGAACGACGUGGUCAUCUGCAGGCGUUCGCCAGAUCGGUGCAGGGACGCGUCGGUGGGGACGGAGCGGCAGGAGACGAGGAGCACGGGGGUCGGGGUGUCUGAGGCGAUGCUGGGCAUGAGCACGGAGGCCGAGGCCGAGAUCGAGCUGCAGCACCAGACCAUCGAGUCGCUGAAGGAGAAGAUCUACCGGCUGGAGGUGCAGCUCAAGGAGACCACGCACCAGAUGGAGAUGAGCAAGCUCAAGCUGGAGCUGCACGCCGCCGGCAACCGCAAGAAGGCCGACAAGGCCUGCAUGGCCCGGCCUGAGAUGUACAGCACUUCCGUGGAGGCCAGGGUCUUCACACAUAGCGUCGGGGUUGGCAACCAUGCGGAGGCAGGUCAGGCUGAGGUCAAGCCCGCCUCCCCCGAGGUUCGUGAGGUCGGCUUGUGCUGUCGACCAGACACGCAGUCGGCUGCGGUGGGUCCAGACGUACCGAUGGACAGGUGGGUCGUGCAGGAGCGGAAGGAUGUAAAGGACCAGUGUGUGGGCAGGCAGGUAACCGUGUCCAACAAAGGCGUGGGGCUGGAGCUCAGCGUGUGCGAGAUGGGGAUCAACACUGAGGAGACUGUGGAGAGUCUGGGACUGCGCUUACAAGAGGCCGAGACCAAAGAGUUCCGCUCCAUUGGGUGCGGGGACUGUUCGGUGAACGUGACCGUGAGCCCUAUCAAACAGCUGGUCAGCCUAGGGACGGUCACGGAUCCCGUGUGUCGAGUGGAUCAGGGUACGACAGCGUUUCCUGAAAUGGCCUCUCAAUACUGUGAGACGGACGUGCUGGGGGUCAGCAGGUCCACCAGCACUGAACGCAUCGCUCUUGUUGAUUCCUGUACUGACACUGAACUGUGCAUGAGAGACCAGCACACCAGCACGGCCCCGACCAAGACUAGGACGGUCGCCGUCGGGGACGGGCUGGUGAAAGACGUGCAGGCCACGGUAAAGACGCGUUCCGUUGCCGUGGGAACGGCGCUUGGCGACUCGGAGGGGGGCACGGGGUCAGCGGUGGCGGUCAAAACCAAAGAGAGCGGCGUGGGCCAGGCCAGUGUGCACGACAACUUCCUCGUGGGACUAAAAACCAGGACCAUCGCCUGUGGCCCAUCCCUUCCCCAACUCCCCACUCUAUCCCAGGCUGUCGAUACCCAAGCUCCACCUGUUAUUGCAGCCCCAGCCACAGCCACAGCCCCAGCCUGCCCCUUGCCAGGCCCUCCGGCAGGGGCAGGGGUGGGGGCGGCGGCGGCUGGUGCAGGGCUGGACCACUACAUCGAGCGCGUGCAGAAGCUCCUUCAGGAGCAGCAGAUGCUGCUGGCGGAGAACUACACGGAGCUGGCAGACGCGUUCGGGCAGCCACACACCCAGUUUGGCUCCAUCAACAGCCAGCUGGUCAACACGCUGUCUUCCAUCAACUCUGUUAUGAAGUACGGCAGCGUGGAGGAGCUUAGCGCCGCUGCCGACGCCAUCAAGCGGCAGCCAGACGGGAGCAUUAGAGGAGGCCAGCAGGUGGUCAGUGCGGUGAGCUCCCAGAGCGUGACCCUGCGGUCGGAGGUCAUUCAGACGGAGGGCGUGUCUUCGACGGUGACAGUCACAGAGGAGAGCCGGCAGGCCGAGCAGAAGAGCCGCAUGGACCAACAGAUGUCCACGGCCCUGCACGGUCAGCCUGGUGGUCAGAACACGCUGAAGUCCAUUAUGAAGAAGAAAGAUGGCCGACAGGGAUCCAAUGGUACCAAAAAGAAUCUGCAGUUUGUGGGAGUUAAUGGAGGGUACGAGACGACGUCAAGUGACGACUCCAGCUCUGAGGAGAGCAGUUCCUCUGGGUCCGAUGAUGACGAGGAGGAUGAGGACGUGGAGGAGGGACAGGAGGCGCUAGAGAAUGACGACGAGACGGAGAUGGAGAAGAAGAAGAGGGGCGGAGGAGGAGAGGAGUUCCGUAACGAGGGAGCAGUGGAGGUGGGGAAGAAGGCUGAGCUGAGUGGCUCAGAGAAGGAGGAGAGGCGAGAGAGAUACGAGUUAAGUGAAAAGAUGGUGUCGGCGUGCAAUGUGUUGAAAGCUCACUUGAAUGAUUCCAAGUCACUGACCAGCAAAGAUGUGCGGGCGUGCCUGAACACGGUGCAGCAGGAGUGGUUCCGCGUGUCCAGCCAGAAGUCGGCGGUGCCGGCCAUGGUGGAGGACCACUUGGCGGCGUUCGGCGGCGUGUCGGGGCCCGUGCUGCGGCACGUGGUCAACAUGGCCGACGGCAACGGCAACACGGCGCUGCACUACAGCGUCUCCCAUUCCAACUUCGACAUCGUCAAGAGGCUCCUGGACGCAGAUGUCUGCAACGUCAAUCAGCAGAACAAGGCUGGCUACACCCCCAUCAUGCUGGCGGCCCUGGCGGCGGUGGAGUCUCCCAAGGACAUGCGCAUCGUGGAGGAGCUCUUCAGCAAAGGGGACGUCAACGCUAAAGCCAGCCAGGCGGGCCAGACGGCUCUGAUGCUGGCUGUGAGCCACGGCCGCAUGGACAUGGUGCGGGCACUGCUGGCGUGCGGGGCCGACGUCAACAUCCAGGACGACGAGGGCUCCACGGCGCUCAUGUGCGCCAGCGAGCAUGGCCACGUGGAGAUCGUCAAGCUGCUGCUAGCACAGCCGGGCUGCGACGCCACGCUCAGCGACAGCGAUGAGAGCAAUGCCCUGUCCAUAGCUCUGGAAGCGGGACACAAGGACAUUGCCGUGCUGCUCUAUGCCCAUGUCAACUUCUCCAAAGCCCAGUCACCGGGCACCCCCCGUAUGGGCAGGAAGACCUCCCCCAGCCCCACCAGGAGGAGUGUGUUUGAGUAGACAACCACACCUGACCCCUCAACAGCCCAUCAUCCCCACCGCCCACACUCACACCUUCAUGUUCUUUACCUCUCAGCCUAUGCACCCAUAUUCUGGAAAACCAUCCCUGGACCCUGAAUCAUCCACCACCAGCCCUUUUUUUAACCUCUCUUACCCUAUUCAGCUGUCUCCUGGACUUAUCUCUCCCCAUCCCCGCUGUCCUGGACUUGUCUCACUCCCGCACACCCUCCGCUGGACCUCUCUCACCCCAUCCACCCUCUCCAGAUCCUCCCUUGCCCCUCCCUUCCACCCUCUCCCUCCAUGCUGCUAUCAGGUUCAGGUUUGCUGAGGAAUUCCAAAGCCUACUAUGGUUGGUUUAGGUCUGGCCACAACGCACCUCCUGCUACUUACCCGGUAAUAAUGUAUCAGGUCACCAAGCUUAUAGGAGCCCCAACAGCCCCUGGACUGCCUGAAUGUACCCCAUCAGCUCUUGAAAGGAGUUAAAAGACUAUGAAAGAAAAAAAAAGCCAAGUGUCAAAAAGGUUUAAAAUGUUAACACUGUGGAAGAGGAAAUGACUUGCAUGGCAUCGGAGCGUCAGCCACCUUGGCUUAUGUGUUUCUGUGACAUGUCCGACUGGAGUUCUGUCUGCAGAGAUCCUCUUUAGUCUGGAUGGUAUGGAUGUUGUCGCUAUUAAUUACUUGGAAGAUUAUGAUGAGAUGGCCUUGAAGUUAUCAGCUUUAGGUGAUAUAUAAUCCCAAAAUGGAUGUGCCCAGGACUAUUUUGUGUGUUACAUUGCCCAAAACAAAGCUUUAUACUCUCUCUAGACGAACUAGUCUGUGUUUAUAUAGUGUAUGUAUAUGCUGCCUAAGUAUCAGCCAAUGUGUCCAGUCCUGUUUGUGUCCUGUCAAAGCUUCAAGCAAGUGAAAUAUGACACUUGCUGGUUGGGAUUCCUAAGACGAGAUUUUUUUUCCUGGCUAUUUUCAAAUCAUGUAUCUCAAUUGGAUAUAAACUUAACUUUUAUACAUGUCAUUUAUAUAAAUAUAUAUUAUAUAUUUAAACAAUCACAGUAUUUUGGAUAUUCCCUUUUAUUUCCGUAUAGUACAUGAAGUUAUAUAUUUAUCGAUUAAAAAGUUUGUAAUGCAGGUAUAAUUGUAAUGUCAUUGUACAUACUGUAGAGCAGUUAGACCCACAAAAUCCCCCCACCCCCUUCUUUGUACAAUAAAUGAUCCAUUUAUAGGUGUUUAUAGGUACUUCUACAUGUAAAAUCAAUACAGAAGUGCCUUGACUUGCCAUAGAAUUGUAAACACUGAAAUAUAUAUUUUCCUCAAUCUGUUGAACACAUUUUCUCUUGUGAAAUGCCUUAAUAAUAAUCAACCAUCAGGUCUCUCCUUAUCUCCUCUCUGCUGCCUGUGACAGUUAGCACUCUAACUCCCUCCUCUGGCGGUAGUUGGUAGGGCACCCAGCCUUGUGAUGUAAUUUAUUCCUCUUUUCUGUAUCUUACUAAUAAAAACAAUGAAAUCAUGAAAGACCA